GCUGGUUCCUGCAGCCCCCCAGUGAUCCCAUCCCCAGGGCUCACAUUGGGUGCUGGAUCCCACAGCCCUGGGUGACCCCAACGCCAGGGCCCCAUAUUGAGGUGCUGGAUCCCACAGCCCCAGGAGACCCCAUCCCUAGCAUCCUGCAUUGGGAAGCUGGGUCCCACAGCCCUGGGGGAACCCCACUCCCGGGUCACACAUUGGUGUGAUGGAUCCCACAUCCCCAUGGGACCCCAUCCUCAAGGCCCCACAAUGAGCUGUUAGAUCCCACAGCACAGGGGGCAUUCCAUCACUACAGCCCCACAUUGGGUUGGGGGCUGGAUCCCACAGCCUUGGAGGACCACAACAUCCCCAGCAUUUUGGGGGGAUAUGGUUUUCUAUGCUUGGAAACUCUCACAAGCCUGCGAAGACUUAUUUACCUACUUAAAAUUAUUCACGAGUAGUCCCAUUGACUUCAGUGUGAUUACUCGUGAAAAAUUAAAUGUGUGUAAAUCUGAUAUUGGAGCUACCGUCUCUUUAAUUGAAAUCAGGGUCUUUAGGAUGGAAUGUAAUCUGCAGGUGAAGUCAAUGAAUCAACAGAACAAGCUAACCUCUCUCAUUGGUGUCUGUAGAUGUAUUUGUUCUCUGCAGUUUUAUUAUAAGCAGAGCAAUUGCAGAGGUGGUUUGGUAGUGCUGGUGGUGGUACUAGUUCUACUUUAUGAUGGCUAUGGUCCUUUCAGAGAUGCAGCUUUCGUCAGUUCCCUUUCUAAGGAAGAAGAUAGACUAUGCCAGGGGAGAUCCUCUGUGUCUCAGGCUCUACAGUAGCAAGAGAAAGGAGGGCUACUCUACCUACAUAUAUAAAGUCCUAAAGCAAAUGCAUCAAGUCUCAGGGGUCUCCUGCUGGGUUGCCGAUGUCAUAAAUUCUCUGGAUAAACCACAGUUGUUUGGGAAAGUUGCAUUAGAAGCUGCCAGGUUGUCUCUCUACAACAAGAGAAGCCUCAUUACCUGCAGAGAGGUCCAGGCUGCAAUGAAGUUAGUGCUUCUGCAUGAGCUCUCCAAGCAAGACAGGUGUGAGACCAUCAAAGCUGUGACAAAGUCCACUGGCUGUCAAUGAACUCUUAUUACUGUGUAAUGGUUUUAAUGCUUAUGAAGGUUGAAUGUAUAAUAAAGUACUUGUAACUAUU